UCGGUCGUAUAGGACGUCGUAGUGUAGCGUGUCGGUUUCGUUCGGUUAGUCCAGCUUUACCAGAAUCAGCUGGAAGGGGGAAUCCGAGUCCUAUCCGAGUGUGUGCUACAACACAAACAGUAGCAAAUGUGUGUCUGGUAUCGGGCUAACGGUGGUUCUCGUGUGGAUAGUUUGUUUGAGUGUAAAUAAACACUGCCAGUCCUAUAGGUUCUCUCCUGCUGGCUGGCCCUAUUUCAGGCGCAAAACGGCAACGACGACGGUGAAGUACGUGUUUAAAUGGUAAUUUAUAUCCUCUCGCUCUCGUUCGUUGUGUUCGUUCGCUCUUUCCGUUCUGUUUUCUGCGAAUAUCCUUUCGGUACAGUCCUCGGAACAGGAGGAGGGCCGUCCAUAGCCAGAGCAAGCUAGCACAGUCGGAGAAGCGACGGCGAUGUCCACGGAAAUGGGUGCGUGAAUGUUUCGUGGAGCGCGAGAAAAAAGAAGUAAUUUGGCUGAAGUGUUUAGUGCAGAAUUAACAUCAAAAUUUGCGAAAAAUUUAAGUUGUUCUAUGCGGUUAUCGUAAGAAUCGUCAAGAAGAGUUCGAUGUUUGUGCCUAGAAGCGUUUUGUAACAGUGAAAAGCGUUCAAUCGCGAGUCGGUUACUUUCCCUAUGGGAGGAAAAUGAAUGGGUCAGACGAAAAAUCAAUUUUACUGUACGUCGGGAAGCGAAAUCUUUACUGUAUCUGUGCGUGAAAAUUGUCAAUGGAAUCGUUUUUUUGGGGUGAAAAAAGGCUGUCCUAUUUGCUUGUGAAGGGAUGUCGCGAGAGGUUUAAUUGAAAUUAAAAAUUGUAAUGAAAGGAAACACGUCAGAAAUAGGUGUGGUGCGCUGUCGUGCUGUGUGUGUGCACGGAGAAAAGCUGGUGAAAUUUUCCCGAUAGCGAAGCUUCGUUCCUUGGGUGGCAACAGAGCACAGUUGAUACCGCACAGUAGCCUGGGUGUACGAAAAGAAGGAUAGUAUACAGGAUACAUCUAGUGUGCCAAGCCCAGUUGUGAUCCCCGCUCACUUGCCUGUGGUGUGGUGCUAACUGCUGAGCGAGCGAGGGCAAGUAUUGCCGUUUCUCGCAGGGCUUGCUGCUCUCCUUUUUGUGUUUAUGGCACUUGGUGAUGGCGACAGGCGGUACAAGGAUCAGCGGUUAGUUGACACAGGGCGGAUAAGCGAAAGUUGUGCUAGUUUUGUUUUGAUUAGUGUCGAACUGCCGUCAUAGAAAAAAAAGGAAAACAAAAAACUUCCAAACAGGAUCGAAUAGUCACGUGGAGUUGUGAGUGCUAAUCUGCGAUCAAAAUGGCUAUACCUGUAUUUAUGGACGGCCGCGUCGGUUCCUCAUCGCCGGACAAGGGCGUCCCCGAUAUGACCUGCAUUUCGGACAUCGAUGAGAACGGCAUCAAUCGUAAUCUGAAAGUUCGCUACGACCGGGAUCAGAUUUAUACGUACACGGGCUCGAUUCUGGUCGCCGUCAAUCCGUACAAGGAAAUCGAAUGCUACACACAGGAAUAUGUAUCCAAAUACCACGGACAAAAACUAGGUCUUCUGGAACCACAUGUUUUUGCGCUCGCAGAGGCAGCCUACCGGAACAUACGGGACAACAACACAAAUCAGUCAUGUGUCAUAUCGGGCGAAUCGGGAGCAGGGAAAACCGAAACCACAAAAUUUAUCCUCCAAUAUCUGUGCUCGGUAACGUGUGACGUUUCGACCUGGGUGCAGCAGCAGAUCCUCGAAGCGAACACCAUUCUGGAGGCGUUCGGUAAUGCUAGGACUAUCCGCAAUGACAACAGUUCCCGCUUCGGCAAGUUUAUGCAGGUGUGUUUCGACUCCAAGUGGUGCAUUAAGGGUUGCAUCAUCCAGGACUAUCUGCUGGAGCAGUCCCGGAUAACGUUUCAGAGCCCGGGCGAGCGGAAUUAUCACGUCCUGUACCAGUUGGUGGCCGAGGGCAGGAACAACAAGGAACUGGCCACCUCGUUGCAUCUGAAGGAUGCUUCCUUCUAUCGAUAUUUGAACUCUUGCGGUGCCACUGGGGAAGCGAUCAUGGAUGUCGCUGCGGAAUCGAAAAAAUUCGAAGCCUUACGGCUGGCGUUCAACGUGUUGCAGAUCUCACAGCCUCUAAUUGAUGGAAUUUUUAGAGUUUUAAGUGCCAUAAUUUGGUUAGGUAAUUUAAAUUUUGCCGAUAUCGAUGGGGAACGGUGCGAGCUCGCCCCGGAAGACAGAGAUAUCGUGCCUAUCGUCGCGGAAUUGUUGGGCCUCCAGGAAAACGAUCUGGAGCAGGUACUCCUGAAGCGACAGAUCAACGUGCGGGGGAAUAUCACGGAGAUACCGCUGAAAUUGCAGGAAGCUCGCGAGAAUCGACAUGCCAUGGCGAAGGCGCUCUACUCGAGAACCUUUGCCUGGCUCAUCAGUCACAUCAACACGUGCAUCAACCCGGGCCAAGAUGCGUCACUGUUUCUUGGAGUGCUGGACAUCUUCGGGUUCGAAAACUUCAACACGAACUCGUUCGAGCAGUUGUGCAUCAAUUACACCAACGAAAAGCUGCACAAAUUUUUCAACCACUACGUCUUCGCAUUAGAGCAAGAAAUUUACCGCCAGGAGGAGAUCAAAUUCUCCCACAUCCAGUUCACCGACAAUACUCAGUGUCUGGAGCUGAUCGAAAAGCCACCACGAUGUAUUCUGAAGCUGCUAACCGAGCAGUGUCACAUGCCGAAGGGUUCGGACACGGCAUACCUCACGAAUCUGCACACCGAGUUCGAAAGCCACGCCUGUUACGUUAAGGGUCAAGAUCGCCGCCAUUGGGAGUCGGAGUUCGGUAUUCGGCAUUACGCCGGUUGCGUCAGUUACACGGUUAAAGGUUUCGUCGAUAAGAACCGCGAUGUCCAACAGGACGUACUGUUCGAUCACAUGAGCCGAAGCUCGAACACAUUCGUGCAGGAAAUCUCCUCCUUCCAGGAUCUACUCUCAAUCCAGCAGGUUCAAUCGGCUCCAGUCGUUGGGACUGUUUCGCGAGGAACUUCCAAAGGUAAGCUGACAGUAAGUGACACCUUCCGACAGCAGCUGCAAGCGUUAGUGGAUGUUCUGCAGAGUACGAACCCCUGGUACGUACGAUGCAUCAAGCCUAAUGCCGAUAAGCUCUCGAACGAUUACGACGAUCAAAUGGUGCUAGACCAGCUGCGAUACCUUGGAAUGUUGGAUAUUAUUCGGAUCCGCAGGGAAGGCUUCCCCGUCCAUUUAACUUUUGACGAUUUUGUCCAACGAUAUCAAUGCCUAACGAAGCGCUUCCGGAAUCUCUCCAGCAAGGAUCAAGCGCUGUCCGUGAUCCGAGAGCUGAACGUACCACCGACGGAGUGGCAAACGGGCAAAACCAAAGUAUUCCUGCGCAGCGUUGUCCACGAACCGCUGGAGGAUGCACGCAAGCAGGUAAUCAACUCCAAAGCACUAGUCAUACAGCGCAACUGGAAACGCUUCAGCCAGCAGCGCAGCUAUCGGAAGUUUCGCGUGGCAGCACUGCAGAUCCAGCACGCCUACAGGGGUUGGAAGUUGCGGAUCGAGUUUCUCAAGAAGCGCCGAGCGGCAAUCGUUAUCCAGAGUCACCUGCGGGGUGUCUUUGCGCGUGAGGUUGCCGCUGCGCUGCGCGAAAUGCGCCGCGUCGACGAAGAAAUGCGCAAACGGGAACGGCUGGAAGCCGAACGGAGGGAACGCGAAGCCGCCCAGGCGGAAGCCGACCGAAAGGCACUGGAGGAAAGUGAAAGGGCCGCUAAGCAAGAGAUCCUAGCGCUGUCGCAAAUGGCCGAGCAAAUUAACUCCAAGCUGCAUUCACAGCAGCAGCAGCAUGCCGCCAAUAAUAAUCUGAAUAACGUCGCCUGUAAUGUCGCGUCCGCCGGCGGUGCCAAAGACACCCAACUGAAUGGCAACGUGAAGCCGGGUGCCGCCCCGGCCGGUAUUGCCUCCGCUAACCAUGCCCACCAGCGGAGUAACGAAUCGGUUGAUCUUGAUAAUCUGUUCGCCUUUCUUAGCGAGGUGCAACCGAACUCCAACGCCAUCAUCGACGAAAUUGGCGAGAAGAUGGAUCAUUUGGUGGAAGAUCUAGACGUGGAACUGGAGUCGGUUAUACAGCAGGAAAUCGAAGGACUGACUAGUGAGCGGAAUAAUAAUGUCAACAACAAUAACAAUAAACCGGCACUCGUGAACGGAAUUGGGCCAAACAAUAACAACAAUAAUACCAUCGUCAGCAACAAACCGACGACUCCGAAGCCAAUGGGCGUUCCAUCACUGCCAGAACCAACCAUGCCACCACCGCCAAUCCCGAUCGAUAAUAAUAACUGUGCACCUCCGGUGGGCCCACCAACGCUGACGUCCUCAAUGACGCUGGCUCGACGCAAAGAAGAGCCCAUCUAUGAAGCGGUUAUACAUCUCAAAGAGCUCCCACCGCCACCGGAAAUUCACGAAAAGGCACCCACCGUCCCGCAGCAUCAGAACCCAGCUUCACAAACUCAUCAGCAUCAUUCUGCCAUACUGCAACAACAACAACAGCAGCAGCAGCAACAACAACAACAGCAGCAAAAUCAACAUCAGCUGGCUGCACAUCAGCAGCAACUGCAGCAACAAUUGCAACAACAGCUGCAGCAUAACAGCCACGCUCCUCCGCCACCGGUGCAUGCUCACGGUGUGAUCCACCAACCGGUGCACAUGGAGAAUGGAGGAGGACACAAGCUACGCCCGAAGAGUCCGGCUGUGAUUCGAUCGGCCAGUCCGAUUCAGCGUGGCUCCGGCGGGCCGAUGAGCCCAUCCUCGCCGAAACACAGCAGACCCAGCUCGAGGACUUCCUCAACCGGUGGUGGUCAUCCGUACGCGGAACGUGAGCAAAGAAGAAAGUAUCGUGUGGAAAAGAAACUCCAGGAAAUGCAACAGCUGGACAUUACCGAGCGGGAGAAGGAACUGCUGCGGGACGAUGUUUACUACGACAUCCUGGAGUUUGCUGAGAGUUUUUAUAAUACACACGAGCGCUCGCCGGAAGGUACCAUCAUGGCCACGCUAACCCGUAAGGGUCGCAAGUCGGUCGAUAUGGUACCGAAGUAUGAGAUGAUAACGUACUACCGGGGAAAUACGAUCCCGUCGUCGCACAUCCAUAUGUACGACCCGGAGAAUGUCACCAUUGCGUGCAAUAUUUUUAGGGAUUUGUGCAAAUACAUCCGCGGGGAGCUGAACACAGAGCGUGAACUGCAGGUGAUCCAAUUCAUCAUCGGGCAGGGCAUCGAACGGGAGGAGGUUCGGGACGAGAUUUUUGUGCAAUGUAUGCGCCAGGCGACCAACAAUCCGAGCGUCGAGUGGACCGACCGGGUGUGGCUGCUGCUAUGUCUCACGAUUGUCGCAUUUCAACCGAGCAAAAUGUUGUUCCGCUAUUUUGUGAGUUUUUUGAAGAAGAACUUGGAAUCGCUGGAGGGAAAAUUGCGACAGUACGUGCAGUGGUGUCUGGACAAUUGCAAAAACACCAAAGUCAGAUGCCGCCAGUAUCCGCCUUCUAGUGUGGAAGUUGCGGCGAUGCGUCGAUUGGGAACGAUCGUGUGUCGGUUCUUCUUUUUGGAUGGCCGUACAAAGGCUAUCGAUGUACACCCGACGGAUACGGCCAGUGAUGCGGUUGCGAAAUUAGCCGAAAAGCUGGGCCUGUGCAAUAUCGAAGGAUGGGCCAUUUAUCAGUCACGACCGGACGGGGAGGAACAUGUCAAGUCUCACGAUUAUCUCUACGAUAUAAUUGCAGCUUGGGAAUCUAAGCAAACGAAGAUUCAUGCUGGCAGCUCGACGUUAAGGAAAAAUGCGACCACACUGGGUUCGGGUGAGAACCGAUUCGUGUUCAAGAAACGUUUGUUCAAAAGCACCCGGGAAUUGUCGCAGGACCCGGUGGAGGUCAACAUGCUGUACGCGCAGGCCGUUUAUAGCGUGGUGAAGUGCGACGACUUUCCGGUUUCCGAGAAGGUGGCUCUUCAGUUGGCCGGUCUGCAAGCCCAGGUAGCACUGGGCGAUCCAUCCAAUCAGCCUAAACCGGAGUACUACUCGGAUGUAGGCAGCUAUCUACCGGAUAGGAUCUCGAAAACCCGGGAGGAGCAGUUCUGGGUACCGAUUUUGGCACAAGCUCAUCGUCAGUACGGAUCCGGCCGUACGGAACUAACCGCUAAGGUCUUGUAUCUUUCCUGUGUGAUGCAGUAUCCGCUGUACGGUACCACAAUGUUUCCUGUUUCGUAUCGGGGCUAUUGGAGCUACGGAAACAGCCUGAUCCUCGGCGUGAAUUGCGAAGGUAUCAUACUGAUCAAACCGGAUGAUAAGUUCGUGCUGUACGAGUUUCGCUACAGCGAGAUCGAGUCGAUCAUGCUAGAUCCGAGCGAUAGCUUCAUUACGAUCAGUCUUAACCGCCAUACAAACACUACGACCACUGCCGAACAGCAGCGAUGCUUCGUGUUUGAAACGUCGCAGAAGAACGAGAUCGGUUCGCUGAUCGUGUCUUACUUCCCGGCGCUCUCCAAUUGGAUCACGGAGAACGAGGUCCCCGCGAAGAAAAGCAAAGGGAUCACCAACGAAGAUCGCGUCCGGUUGCAUCACAAUGUGGUUGUGUGUCGGCGUCACCUGGUGGAUGCCGAAAUCCUGCGGAAGCCUCAAGACCCUAGCGGUGGUUUUCUGAGGAAUACACUGCGUCGAUUGUCCAAGCAUCGACUAGAAAAACUCCGAGCAGAGCACGGCAGUUCGAUGCACGAUCAUGGCGAAACCUAUAAAGGUUUCCCUCAUGCCUACUGGGCGUUCAGCCGACAGCCGUUGCCACAAAGCUUGAGCAAACUUCCGGACCAGGAAGAGCAAGCCAUGGUUCAGGUGUUCAACUCCAUCCUGACAUACGCUGGAUUGGGACAGAAUGGUGAAACCGUUCAGCGUGCCGAGGAUGAACACAUAACCCUAAUCCAGUCGAUCAUGGAUCGCUGUAUGCGUAAAGAAUCCCUGCUGAAUGAACUGUAUCUGCAGCUGGUCAAGCAAACAACGGACCACCCGGAUCCGAACUCGCGCGUUAACCUGCGCCAUUGGGCUUUGCUAUCGCUUGCGUGUAGUGUGAUUCUUCCCCCGCAGAAAGUAGUUAGGAAAUAUUUGAUAGGUCACUUGAAGCGAUGCGCUAGCGAUUUCAUCUCCGAGGAAGGCAAGUAUGCUCGCUUUGCGGAAAAAUGCUUCUUCAAAACACAAGGAACACGCCGCCGGCAAUGGCCUCCCAGUCGGGAGGAGAUCGUUUGUACGAUCAACCGAAGACCGAUCUACGCUCGGUUCCACUUCAUGGAUGGGCAGUAUCACUCGGUUGAGUUUCAUCCGAGUUCAACCUCCCGGGAGGUGAUGGAGAUCGUGAAGAAAAAAAUCGGUUUGCAGGAGAACGCACAAGGCUAUGCUAUCUACGAGGUGCUAGGAGCUUCCGAGCGUAGCUUGCUGCCCGACGAGAAGGUAGCGGAUGUGAUGUCGAAGUGGGAAAAAUAUCGCACCGCAGCCGCCCAGGCGGUGCAGCAGAAUCAAAGUUCGAACCUUCCUCCGGCUUGCAGACGGCAACAUCAUCUGUUUUUGUUCAAAAAGCAUCUUUUCUGCGAUCAGUACAUGAAUCUGGACGAUCCGGUUGAGAAAGAAUUGCUCUAUCAUCAAGUUCUUCAUGGUUUGCGAACCGAGAGGUUCCCCAUUUCCGAAAUGGAAGCGAUAAUGCUAACUGCCCUGCAGGGUCAGCUAGAAUUGGGCGACUGCACAGACGUGGUUCAGGACUACCGUGCGAUCGCAGCCCACUGUCUACCGCCACGCUUCGUUCCGAACAUCCCGCACGAGGGAGUGGCCAUGCAUCAUCAGAGCUUGCGCGGAAUGACUUCGGCCGAGGCGAAGAAGUCCUUCCUCAAUCUAAUUCAAAGCUGGCCCUUGCACAAGGCGACCAUUUUUGAUGUGAUGCAAUCGUUCACCUCCAACUGGCCCCGGAUACUGUGGCUGGCGGUAGACCAGAAGGGGCUGCACCUGCUGGAGCACCGCUCGCGCAACACACUGUGCACGUACGACUACCAGUCGAUACUGUCCUUUUCGCCGAACAUGAACUGCCUGAUGAUCAUCACCGGAUCCGACAAGAAGCAGUCGAAGGUGAUUCUGACGACGUCACAGGCUUUCCAGAUUUCCAACCUCAUCCGGGAGUACAUGGGAGUGAUUCAGUCGCAGCUCAGCGACGAAUCCCACAAGGAGAAUAAUGACGGAAACGCUGGGGCACCGCAGAUUCCACCGCACAAUCAGCCACUUCCGCCGCCACAUCAGAACCUGUCAGCGGCGCAGCAACAACAGCAGCAGCAGGCGAUGGAACUGCGGAAGGGCGGCCAGCGGCCUGCCUCGAUGCUUCUGCGACAGUCGAGUGCUGCGCUGGUCGCACCGCAGCCAAGUUAAGUAGAGUUAAAGGUUAUUUAUUGAAUUGAAGAUAAAAAUUUUAACAUUAAACGCAGUUGCAGAGUAUUAGUAUAAAAUCAUUGUAGUAAUAUAUAUAUAUAUUUAAAACAAAAAAACCGAGCGACAUCCACAUUACGAAUCGUUUUGGUAAUGGUAUGUGAGCGAAAGAGACUGAAAAGGGAACUCCUGUGGGGGGUUGUUCAAAAGGCACGCAGGCUUCCUGGAGAGAAAGAAUAUAAAAAAAAUAUGAUAGAUCUCAUUCAAGACGCAUGGAAAUCAAAAUUUCAAUAAUCAAAUAUAUCAUGUCAUUUUCACAUCAUACUGAAAUAAACAAAAAUCAAAUGAAACACACAAGUAAAGCGCACUACGAUAGUAAACAAGCUUAAAAAAUGAAAUAAUCAUAGAUAAUUACAAAACAAAACAGCAACAAGUUUUGAUUUUCGCUGCGUCGUUGAAGUUCGGAUCGUUUUCCAGUUAGAAAAAAAAAAUCUCAGACUAUACACGCGUUCCACUAUUAGUUUUUUCGAUUUUAAACGGUGCUUUGAUGAUCUCAGCUAGUAGAGCAUUACCGUAUUGUAGAGCAGAAUCGAUUCACAACAUGCAGCACGCGGUAGUUUCCGAAGCCAGGCUUGUUAACCCCAGUAGAAUAGAUUGGGAUCGUCCUGUGAGAACCACCUUUUAAUACUCCUACCUUCGUUUAUUGUUUUUUGUUUUUUUCUUAAUCGAUAACUUAUUUUAACAAUUCUUUCAAACUGUUUUUGUCAACUCAAACUGUUUCGUGAAUUGUUCUGGGACUUAGGCCAUUACGAGUAAAAUUUAAUACUUUUUUUAGUUUUUACAAACUGUGUUUACCCUUUUUUAUGUCAUUUUACGCUCAACUCUCUAUCCUAUCCAUUAGAUUGUGUGAUAUUGCGUUAGACCGGUACGUGGUGACGAGCACCUACGUGUGAAGGUGUUUUAAUUUUUUAUGUAAGGCAAUAUUUUUGGUUUUAGAAUCAAUUUUAUUUAACAAAAAUAAACUAUUUAUUUUAAAAUUGCCAGCCAUCAUUAUUUUCUACUACAGUUUUUAACUUAGUUGUAUCUCUUUUGUAGAAAGUAUCAUUAAAUUACUGUAAUCCAAACCCUAACACUACUAACUCUUUUAAUAGGUUCCAUAGUCGCCAAUUUAUUUAUGAAAUCUUUAACAAUUGCUAAAAACUAUUAAAAAUGGUUGAAAAUAGAUAUACUAUAGUUAAGGAGUAAACAUACAAAAAAACGUUAAUGCCGAAAGACGUAUAUUCUAUCGAACGCCUAAGCUGGAUUCUAAUCAGUAGUAGAAAAGCAAAACCCUAAACUAUAUACAUAGUAUCGAUGCACGAUUUAGUUGAAACUGUUCCCAAGAUCAGCGGAAACACCCAAAAAGCCACUAGUCAAAUAAAAAAAGAACAAACAAUUGUAAACCUCUAGUUAAUCGCAACCAAAUGAAAAAAGUAAACAGAAAAGAUGCUAGUUCAACUGUGGCCCCCGUUUUCUGUAAGUAAACUAUAACACCCCUUAUGCAGAUUAAACACCGUUAAAUCAACCAAUGUUAUACUUGUCUAAUCACGCAGAAAUACACACCUACACAAAACAUUGUAAUCUCUCUCUAGUUGAAGCGAAAUAAAGCUUAUGAUCAUAAAGAUUAUCAACCAAAAAAAAAACAAUAACAUUGACAGAAAGCGAUCGUCGCUAUUUAGGUAAUAUUAAAACAAAACAACAUAGCAAAUACGUUACGAAAAAUCUAUCGUAUCGUUUUGAAUUCGACAAAUAAACAAAACUGAAAGAAAACCAUGUUUGAUUGGAUAAA